CCAGGUGCGGUAUGGACGGAGUGACCAUACAGUGCACUUCAUAGGGAGUAGGAGUGUGUUUCUGACGCGGCCCUGUGCGUCACUCAAACCGCUCCGUGUGGAAGUGUGGCGCGCGACACGGAGGAAAUGAGAUCAGAAUAAACGCCACGUGGGACCUGAGUGUGAAGAAGCUGCGCUGUGAUUGGUCGGCGGUGGGGCAGCGCGCGAGCCCGGUGUGUGUAUGUAAAUGAGCGUUAAUAACGCGACGUCAUCACUUUAAACAGCGCACACGCACACGCGUUACAGAUCUGUGUGAAUGUAGAUUUGAUGUGUCCGCUGCCGCUGCCGCUGCUUCCUGUUUCCUGUCUUCCUGUGUAAAAGGUGUGUCACGCCAUGCUGAGUGUGUGUGCUGUGCUGCUGAUUGCAGCAUUUGGGGCUGUGUGUUCCACAAACUCUGACACACCCCGACACAGACACGACUCCAACCUGGAGAUCUAUAAGCGUCUGUUUGAGGUGAAGAGGAAGGAUCAGCUGAACGCUCUUAAGAAUCUGGUGGAUCUGAACGACGUAAAUCAGCAGUACAAAAUUAUCGACAUCAUGCUGAAGGGGCUCUUCAAGGUACUAGAGGAAUCCAGAGCUGUUCUUGUCGCUGCUAAUCUGCAGCCAGAUGAUCCGUUUCCUCUGGAUGAUAAAAUUAAAGAGGCGUACUCCCACGUGGUGGAGAACACGGCGUUUUUCGGAGACGUAGCUCUGCGUUUCCCACGUAUCGUCCAUCACUACUACGACCGUAACGCUGAGUGGGAGAAGACGCUGCGCUGGGGGCUGAGCUUCUGUAACCAGUCUGGAGUGUUUCACGGAGGCAGUCACCAACAAGUCCUCACUCUGAUGUCUCAGGAGUUGGGAAUCACAGAGAAGUCUCCAGACUUUAUUAACCCUUACCGUACAGAGAAAGAUGACGUGCUCCACACUGCGGAGGCCUUCCAGAAGAUUCUCCGUGAAGAACAGAAGCACAGGAGGAAGGAGGAGAAGAGGAAAGAGAUGAGGAAAGGGCCACGAAUUUCCCGUUCUCGCUCUGAACUCUAACGCCCCCUGCUGGACAAACACUGAGAGAGAGAGAGAGAGAGAGAGAGAGAGAGAGAGAGAGAGAGAGAGAGAGAGAGAGAGAGACACAGAUCUGAGAGUCAGAGCUACAUCAGGUGUAGACGAGGUAGAGGAGCCGGAGAACGACAGAAUACAGGGAGAAAAAGAACAGAUUACACAGGAAUGGAUGAAACAUUACAUGUAAACACUGAGCUGUGACGGUUUAUUAAACGUUUUAUACGAAUUCACUUUAAUGCUGAGCGCAAAUAGAUCAUAUAAAUAAUGUAAAGCAAACAUAACCAGAUUUAUUAAAUUGUAUAAAUAAUGUUUAACAGGACAUGACUGUCUUUAUAACCUUUGAUUAUUUACAGGUGCAUCUCAGAAAAUUAGAAUAUCGUGGAAAAGUUCAUUUUUUUCCAUAAUUUAAUUCAAAAAGUGGAACUUUCAUAUAUUCUAGAUUCAUUACACAUAAAGUGAAAUAUUUCAAGUCUUUUUUUCGGUUCUAAUAUUGAUGAUUAUGGCUUACAGCUCACGGAAAUCAAAAAUCCAGUAGAUCCCAGUAUAAUCCCAGAGUCUGGAGGAAGAGUGGAGAGGAACAGAAUCCAAGCUGCUUGAAGUCCAGUGUGAAGUUUCCACAGUCAGUGAUGAUUUGAGGUGCCAUGUCAUCUGCUGGUGUUGGUCCAGUGUGUUUUCUCAAGUCGAGAGUCGAUGCAGUGUCUACCAGGAGAUUUUAGAGCACUUCAUGCUUCCCUCUGCUGACGAGCUUUAUGGCAAUGCUGAUUUCAAUUCAAUUCAAUUCAAUUUUAUUUGUAUAGCGCUUUUUACAAUAGACAUUGUCUCAAAGCAGCUUUACAGAAAUAUCAACACGGUAUACAGAUAUUAAAGGUGUGAAUUUAUCCCAACUGAGUGAGACGGUGGUGACGGUGGUGUGGAAAAACUCCCUAAGAUGUUUUAAGAGGAAGAAACCUUGAGAGGAACCCGACUCAGAAGGGUUAGGGUUAGGAGGUUACCCAUCCUCAUCUGGGUAACAACAGAUAGUGUGAAAAAGUUCAUUAUGGAUUUAUAUGAAGUCUGUAUGGCCUUAGGAGCAGCCGUAGUCCCAGCAGUCUGGAAUUGGUGUAAUGAGAGCUCCAUCCAGAGGCAGGACAUCCGAAACGGAUCAGGCAGGUCCGGAGAGCAGAGAGGAUCAGGAUCUCUAGUAUCUCCAUAAAAUCAUGUGUGGCUCGACAGAAGGAGAGAGGGAGAGAAGAGAUUAUUAGGACUGUGCUUAGCGUAACAGAAAGUCUAUUCAGGGUAGGCUUGAGUAAACAAAUACGUUUGAAGCCUAGACUUAAACACUGAGACUGUGUCUGAGUCCCGAACACUAAUAGGAAGACUGUUCCAUAACUGUGGGGCUCUAUAAGAGAAAGCUCUUCCCCCUGCUGUAGUCUUCACUAUUCGAGGUACCGUCAAAUAGCCUGCACCUUUUGAUCGAAGUAGGCAUGGCGGAACAUAGAAAACCAAAAGGUCGAUUAUGUACUGUGGUGCGAGACCGUUUAGUGCUUUAUAGGUUAAUAAAAGUAUUUUAUAAUCAGUGUGAGAUUUCACUGGGAGCCAAUGCAGUGUGGAUUUCCUUUUCCAGCAGGACUCUGCACCUGCCCACAGUGCCAAAACUUCCAGUAACUGGUUUACUGACCGUGGUGUUACUGUGCUCAAUUGUCCAGCCGACUCGCCUGACCCGAACCCCAUAGAGAAUCUACAAGAGACACCAGACCCAAUACAGACUAGCUGAAGACCGCUAUCAAAGCAACCUGGGCUUCCAGAACACCUCAGCAGUGCCACAGGCUGAUCGCCUCCAUGCCACGCCGCACUGAUGCAGUCAUUCCUGCACAAGGAUUAAAGCCCUGACCGAGUAUCAGCGCAUAAAUUAACAUCCUGUUCACAAGGUCAACAUUUCUGUAUUAUAAAUUCCUUAUUCGAAUAUUCUGAGAAACUGAAUGUUUGAUGUCUGUGAGCUGUAAGCCGUAAUCAUUAAGAUUAAAACAAAAACACGCUCGAAAUAUUUCACUUUGUGUAAUGAAUCUAGAAUAUAUGAAAGUUCUACUUUUUGAAUUAAUUUACGUUCAUUAAUGAACUUUUCCACGAUAUUCAGAUUUUGAGAUGCACCUGUAUGUAGGUAGGAUGUACAGUAAUAUGUGCCCUGUGUUCCAAUUCUGUGUCCAACACUUCCCCUUGAAGAGCUCCCCUUGUUACAUCAUAGAAGUGCACACAUAAUACACUACGCUUGAGCUGAGAGAGUAAUAGCACAAGGCUCUUGAGGUAGCUGAGGUCACUUCACCAAGGGGCUGGUGUUACAGAAGUAUUGGAACACAGCUGUGCAAGCUCAGGGGAACUUUAACUCCUUUAAUGGAAACUUGGGAAUCUGCUUUUUAUUCAGUGAUGUGUGGCGUGUUGCAGAAAGACCUACAGAUCUAGUGGAAUUUUCAAACCUGGUUUAGACAGCUAGUUUAUUUAAAGAUAUAAUCGUGUGUGUGUGUGUGUGUGUGUGUGUGUGUGUGUGUUAAUUAUCAUGAUCAUAUAACUAAUUAUCAUCAGAUCCUGAGAGCAUAAUUGUGACUUUAGGACGGUGGAGAUUGUACAAUAUGUUCAAAAUGAUAUAUUAAAUAUUUACUACAUUUGUACAGAUUCUGUUUAAAUUGCGUGUCAAUAUUUGUUUCAUGUCAGUAAAAGUUUUCAGUUUAUUUGCGGAGACACUUCUAAACCUUCCAGAUGUGUAACAGCGAGAGAGGGAGUGUCUGAGAAUACACUGUUCCUGUUCUUACACUAAAAUCUGAAUUAACAUCUGUGAUGUAUAGUAAUUUACUGUAAAUGCUGUCAACAUGACUGUAAAAUCU